CAGUGCAGGAAACCGACGCAAGCUCUCCCUGUGCGUUUCGCUGAUCGGCAUGCCGAGGAUGCUACUUCUGGACGAACCCUAUUCCGGAAUGGGGAUUCUCUCGCGAAAGCGCAUCGUCAACUACAUCAGCUCGCUGCAGAGGCACGCAAAGAUAUCUAUCGUGCUUUCAUCCCACAGCCUUGCGGAUGUGGAGUUCCUGUGCAACCGCAUCGCAAUACUCCGAGCGGGAAAGCUGCAGUGCCUCGGUUCGCUGGCGCAUCUGAAGCAGAAGUUCGGCAAGGGAUACACAAUCACGGUGAAAACUUACCCGGACCGCAAGCAGGACUUUAUGUAUCAAAGAGAUGUGGCCCACGACGUGAGGAAGAACUUCCCCGGAGCAGAACUCAUGCACAGCUACGAGGGUUUGCUGGAGUUCCGGGUAUCCGGGAUUCAGAUGCUGUGGAGCGAGAUGUUCACUCGCAUGGCGAAGACCAAGAAGCGCUUCAAGCUGCAGGACUUCUAUAUCGCUGACACGUCGCUGGAGCAGAUUUUUCUGAGUGUAACACGCAAAGAAGCCAGCGAAGCGGCCGCUGCAGCUGUGACAAAGGCGUCCAACCUACCUGCAACCACGCUGGGCAUCUAG